AAAGGAAACUCUGCGCCCGGUGCGGUCCCCACCAGGCCCUCCCUCCCCAGCGGUUUCACUUCCUCUCCUCCGCCCCUCGGGCAGGCGUGUCUCGUGUCUCGAGAAGGAGCAGGCCUUUCUCUGUGCUGCAAGCCCUCGCCAUGGCUGACACGUAUGCGGUGGUGCAGAAGCGCAGGGUUCCUCCAAGCACCGGGACGGGGGCCGCGGCGCCCAGCCCGGAGGACGGGGGACCAGUCUACAGCCAGGUGAUGACGCGCCCCCGCCGGCCGCAAGCACCCGCGGAGGACGCGCAGGGGGCGCUGCUGGGCUGCGUGCCUGCUGACCCCGGCCCUGCUGGGCCUGGCACCUACGAGGACGUGGCCAACGGAGCUCAGACGGGUGGUCUGGGCUUCAACCUGCGCAUCGGGAGGCCCAAAGGGCCGCGGGACCCUCCUGCUGAGUGGACCCAGGCGUGAGGGCUGUGCCCAGCCCGCCUGCUGCCCCACAUGGGUGCCUGGACCGCUGAAGGCCACUGUGCUCUCUCGACUGUGUGAAGUGUCAGGAACGGGAACGCUGGGCCCAAAUCAAAUCAAAACUUCUCAGGGUGGGAAAUGUGGGGACUUGGUCCCUGUGACUACAGACUUCGAGGCUUGAGGCCGGGGGAGGGAGCCAGAGGAGGGCUGGCCGGGCUGGCCGGGCAGGUGGAAGAAAACCAGGGAGGGGUCUGACCCCAAGGUGCUGCUCAGCUGUGAAGGGGAGGAUGCAGCGAUGGGCCCCCCGGAGACCGUCCCCGUCACCACGGAAUAAAGACGAGCUCGCGUCGGUAUCGGAGCCUCCCUCCCUCCCUCAGCUGAUGCCGCAGAGAGACGGACCCCCCACCGUUCCGACAGGCCCAAACCAGGCAUGGCCAAGCCGUGUAGGCUGAUAUCAGACAGACAGGUGAAAAGAUCUUCAGACGGACAGACGGACAGAUGGAUGCCUGACCUGCCUGGGCAGGUAGCCAUGCCCGUAGCCAGCCAGCCAGCCAGCCCCGAUGGAUGGAUCUCCAGCCAGAGAGAGAGACCAGCCAAAUGUUAGCCUUCCCCUCGCCAGGUAGGUAGCCAGACAGACACCGGCCGGAUGGGUCCCUAGCAGGACAGACUCCCAGACAGACAGACACAGACAUCUGCAGCUGAGCAGACAUGCAGGUGUCCUCCUAGCCAGCCAGACUGUGAGGUGGGCAGACCCCCAGCUGGCUCCGGGGACCCUCCACCAGACAGACACCCCGAUCAGCCAGCCAACUCCCAGCUGGGCAGAUGGGGGAGCCUCCAGGCAGGUGGACAGACCCCACCAAGUCUCCAGCCUCACGGAACCUGCAUUUUGCAGAGAAGUUGACGUACCUCCCGAGGGAAAGACAGCCAGGUAGACCCCAGGCCGUCCGUGGGCCAGACGGGCGGACGGACCUCCAGGUGGGCUUCAGGGGCCGAGCACAGUCCCUCCGCUCCAGGCCGUCUCCCAGCUGGGCGUGUGGUACAGGUCAGCGGGUCCUUCGGACGGACCCCCUGCCGGUCAGAGGGACUUCCCGCCCCUCAGACAGGAUCCCACCGGCGGGAUGGACCGUGAAUUGGACAGAUGGGCCCCCAGCUCAGCAGACUGCCCUCAGCAAAGACGGAAAUGGACUUCAAGCCGACUGACCAGCUGCUUCCCAAGCUAGACAGGUAGAGCUCAGACAGGCAGAGACCACAGCCCUUUGCGGACACCCC